GCUUUUGCUGUCACCCGGCUACACCCCGAAGCAGUCAGCUGACUGAACCAAACAGGAGCACUUGACUUGCAACAGGAAAUACAUGAAAUACUGUUGAUUCAUACCCAGCUUUGACCAUGAAGAAGAACAAAGGCAAAGCAGUGAGUAGUGCUGAGAAGGAGUUUGUGUUUGAGUUCAGGGCAGGAAAACACAACUGUAUCCUCAAAGUGCCUCUUAAGUUCCCUGUUGAAGAGAACAUCAGUGACCUUCAUGGACGCCUGAUGCUGCUACAUAAAAUACCCUGCUAUAUAGAAAAUGACCUAAAAGCCUCACUUUCCAACUUCAUUGAGAACGAGACCAUCCUGGAUUAUGACAGAGAGGCAGAGCUGGCCCUGCAGAGACUCACCAUAGGCGAUGUAGAUGUAAACCAGCUCACCCAUGCAUGGACCAGGUUUUAUGUGGAGACUACACUGGAACAUGCUAGGCCCGAAGAGCCCAGUUGGGAUGAGGACUUUGCCGAUGUUUACCAUGAGCUGAUCCACUCCCCUGCCUCGGAUACUCUACUCAACCUGGAGCACAACUACUUUGUUAGUAUUUCCGAGCUCAUCAGUGAGAGAGACAUGGAGAUUAAGAAGCUUCAGGAGAGGCAAGCAGCUGAAAUGGACAAGGUGAUGCACGAGCUGGGCAAUACUUUGAGUGACCAGGAUGUAAAUACAGUGGCAUCUCAGCAUUUUGAUGCACAGCAGGUGCUGGAGAACAAGUGGGCCAGUGAGCUGAAGCAAGUUACUGGCAUUCAAAAACAGGAGUACCAAGAGUGGGUCAUCAAACUGCACCAGGACCUGCAGAAAUCGAACAACAGCAGCAAGAUUAAUGAGGAGAUUAUGGUGCAGCCCAACCAGCUGUCAGAGCUCGCAGAUUCUGGGUCUAGGAUGUUUGAGGAGCAGCCUCAGCUUGAGGAGAGCUUCACCAUACACUUAGGAGCACAACUAAAGACGAUGCACAACCUGCGGCUGGUCCGGGCGGAUGUGCUGGAUUUCUGUAAACACCGGCGGCACGGCAGCAGCGGUACAAAGCUGCGGCGGCUACAGACGGCUCUUUCACUGUAUUCCUCCUCACUCUGUGGUCUGGUGCUGUUGGUUGACAACAGGGUCAACUCCUACAGUGGCAUCAAGAGAGACUUUGCAACUGUGGCGAAGGAGUGUACAGACUUCCACUUUCCCUGUCUUGAGGAGCAGCUGGAGGAAGUGCAGCAGGUUGUGCUCUAUGCCAGAGCCCAGCGGAGCAGCAAGCAGAAAGACCAGCCUGAGAUUUCAAGGAAUGGAGGUGAUGAUAAGAGCAAAAAUGUUGAAAGAAAUCCCUCUAACAUCUUACCAGGUGAGUUCUAUAUCUCGCGGCACUCCAACCUGUCAGAGGUCCAUGUUGUCUUCCACCUGUGCACGGACGACAAUGUCCGGUCAGGGAACAUCACGGCACGAGACCCAGCCAUAAUGGGCUUGAGAAACAUCCUGAAGGUCUGCUGUACACAUGACAUCACCACUGUCACUGUCCCUCUGCUGCUGGUCCAUGACAUGUCAGAGGAGAUGACCAUACCGUGGUGUCUUAAGCGAGCCGAGCUGGUAUUCAAAUGUGUCAAAGGCUUCAUGAUGGAGAUGGCAUCUUGGGACGGAGGUAUAUCACGCACGGUUCAGUUUCUAGUGCCAAAGAGUAUCUCAGAGGAGAUGUUCUACCAGUUGAGCAACAUGCUGCCUCAGAUCUUCCGUGUCUCCUCCACCCUAACUCUCACCUCAAAGCACUGAUGGAUAGAGAUGCACCACAUUGCAACCACGUGGCAUUCAGACCACGAGAGAGACACUCAUUUUAACAGCACUGACCAGUUAUAUUUCUUGUUUUUUUUUCAGGAACUGAAUAUGAACUGAAGCGGAAAGUUUGUGAAAUAGCACAUAACCCCCAUUCACUUUUUAAAAUUACAACAGAUGGGUGAAGAUGUCAACAUGUUAUGAUGGCAUUUAGCAUUUACUGUAGAGUAGCAAAAAUGAUUUUAAAUGACAAGGGACAUUUUUUAGGUAAAUGAAAAGCCUUGUUAUUUUUGCACCUUUCAAAGCUACACACAUUAUGAGUACUUCUUACUGAAAGAAGACUGGAAUCAGUGGCUCACACACAAAGCAGCUGCUGCAAUUAUUUCAAGCUUGCAGGGUGUGGUUCUGGUGGCAGAGUUUUAUGACGUCAUGAAAUCAGCCGCAGUUUAAAGCUGCACUCUGUAACUUUCCUCAUGUUCGGGAUACAGCAAAAUGGAGCAGCUAGUGUUAUGUUGGUGAAGUUGUUUCAGUGAGCUGGUACCCAGUGAAAAUGUCACCAACCAAGCGGAUUAUGUGAAUGUGAAGACAAGUAUUGUUUACUAAAGUGAUGAAGUUGGAAGGAAUAGGCACUGGCAAAUUGACCUGAUUAACAUUUCUCAAUAACAGGGUUUGCAACCAUGCUAAAUGUGACAUUUUUAAGUCCUUGUGGACAUCAUAUUUCAUCUGUUUAAUGUUAAUGAAUUAGCCACAACGGAUGACCACACAGUUCAGCCAUCGUAUGAGAUUUAGCAGUCUAAUCCCAUGGGUGAUUGGCUUCAUAUUUGAGGGUUGGGUCUUCUGGAGAGAAGUGACAUGUACUUGGCUCUACUAGUCCUAAGACAAAUGGCAUUGCUGCUGAAAUGAGCUAUGUGCAGGUGUUUUUAUACUGCAUUGCAGUAAGUUAUAGCAGGGAUCAGUCUUUGUGUGGGUGUGUGUGCACGUGUGUGGUCCCUCCCCUCCGCCUCUGCUAACAGCAGAUGGCACUGUUCCUAAAGACAAACUAAAGACAAUGAUAUGAAAAGGGUGACUACACAGAGGCUUACACACUUAUUAAAAGAGAGAAAGUUUUGAUGAGGUUCUGCUGCCUGUUGAAAUUCAUCUCAAGCCAUUUUAGAGAGCAUUCAUCAUGAGCAAGUACAGCCUCAGUAGUUGUAUCUCCACUGGUAAAUAUUUGUCAAAUAUGUCAAACACUUGAACCUACGAAGAUGUGUAUUCUGUAUAUUCACUGUUUACAUUUAAUGUUUAUUAAAAAGAAA